GCAAAGACAAGCAAGCAGCAUAAAAGCAGCGCUUGUUUCUUCGGCGGCGGCGCCAAGGCGACUCUCGAAAGGAUUAGGGUUUAAGCCAUGGCGGCCGAGGAGGAGCAGACCCCGCGAGCCCAAGCCAACCCCGACAAGAGCAAGAAGCGGAAGAAGCCCAAGAAGGACAAGUGGGGGCAGCCUAUCUCCGCCGCCGCCGCCCACGAGCCUGCGGUCGAGCAGCAGCAGGAGCAGGAGACGCGGGAGGAGCCUGCCGCAGCGGCGGUGGCGGCGGGGGAGGAGGAGGAGGGGGGCGUGGAGAGCUAUGAGUGCGGCAAGGUGGUGGCCAGCGGCAUGCCGUACACGACCACCGAGGCCGAGAUCCGGGAGCUGUUCGAGCGGUUCGGCCCCAUCCGCUCGCUGCAGCUCUCCCACUUCCCGGACUCCGGCAACUUCAGUGGCCUCGCAUUCGUCACCUUCGAGUCAGACGAAGUUGCCAUGAAAUCUCUUGAGCUCGAUGGACACAAACUUGGUUACAGAUUUAUGAGGGUUGAAAGAUGCAGGAUAACUGCUAGCUCGAAGAGGCCAAAGAAGUCAGAGUUCCAAACUGAUCCUGAGAAGCCUGAUGGCUGCCUCUCAGCCUAUGUUGGUAAUCUCUCUUGGAACGUGACAGAGAAGGACUUGAGAGAUUUCUUCAAAUCAUCAAGAAUCGCGUCCGUAAGAUUUGCCAUCGACAAGAGGACCGGAGAUUCCCGUGGUUUCGGUCAUAUUGACUUUGAGGACGACGAAUCACUCGAGAAAGCUGUAGGGAUGAAUCAGUCUGAACUGCGGGGAAGACCUGUGAAGAUUGCAUAUGCCAUCAGUAACAGGGGCUGAAGGCAAGUGAUCUCAACAUUUAGCAGUAAUGCGCUUCACUGCUAUGGUUUUGCUCCCUCGUUCUAUACCUUCCGCUGUUUGGACGAUAUGGGUUCUAGAGACAAAUCGUGUGGUGAUGUUUGUUUCACCAGGUAUUCACUGAAUGUAAUUCUUGUGUAACAAAUACUUGGUGUCUACACCUUGACCUUCUCUGUUCACUACAAUUCAUCUCUAGAAAUUUUUGCUGGUACAUCUUUCUGCUCA